UGGGGAAGUACCAAGGUUGAGGGAGAGUGCCUCCAGACCGUCUGGCGUGUCAGUGCCUGGAGAGACUCUGGAAGCACCGCACGCCGUCUCCGGAUUGCCAGCGAAACGCACGGUGAAGCACCAUGCAGCUGCGAAUCUGCGCAUUCAACAUUCAGAGCUUUGGAGACAGCAAGCUGUCUGACAAGGGAACCUCUGAAAUUAUUGUGAAGAUCCUGACCCAGUAUGAUAUCGCCCUGGUGCAAGAGGUGCGGGAUGUCGACCUCAGCGCGGUCACCGACUUGAUGGAGCGGCUGAACAGUGCCUCCAAGCAUCCAUACGACUAUGUGAUCAGCAAGCCAUUGGGUCGGGAGAACUACACGGAGAUGUACCUCUUCAUUUACAGGACAAAGAGCGUCUCUGUAGAGGACCAAUACCAGUACCCAAAUGACAAGAAUGCCUUCAGCAGGCCACCUUUCAUUGUGAAGUUCUCUCUUUCUGACUCAGAGGACGAAGAGCUGAUCCUGGUGCCCCUUCACACACCUCCAGAUGAGGCCGUGGCAGAGAUAGAUGCCCUCUAUGACGUCUACUUGCAUAUCAAGAAGAAGUGGGGGACUGACAACAUGAUGUUCCUGGGAGACUUCAAUGCUGCCUGCAAGUACGUCAGCAGUAGCGACUGGGACUCCAUCCGCCUGCGCAGCAAAAAGGCGUUUAAGUGGCUCAUCGCGGAUACCGUAGACACUACCGUGGGCAAGUCUGAUUGCGCCUAUGACAGGAUCGUUGUGAGCGGCUCCAAGCUGAAGAAGUGGGUCGAGCCCAACUCGGCCAAAGUGUUUGACUUCCUGAAGGCUUUCAAGCUCAGCCUAGAAGAGGCCCUGGCGGUCAGCGACCAUUACCCCGUGGAGGUGAGCCUGAAGUCCCACUGAUGCUCCUUCCUACCUCGCAGCCCAGCACCGUCACCGGCAUGGUUCGGGG